UUUUUCCGGUGCUUGCCUUUGUAACUUCAGCCAGCUUGACGUGUCUCUUGCCCGGUACCUGCUGCCAGCUGUAACCGAGGACGAGCUCCUGCUGCGGGGUCUGCUCUCGCUGAGCGCCGCGGGGCUGCAGGUGUGUGUGUGUGAACCAGAUGCAGGCUGCGUCCAGAUGUGCGUGAGCCAUGGCGUCGGCUCUGUCCCGGCGUCUGCGUGGUGUUCGUGGUAAACUGCUGCGCCGCUACGAACACGGCCCGUUCGUGAGGUGUCUGACGGGUCUGUACGGUUGCCGAUGGAGACGCUGUGAGAAGACUCAGCCCGGAGGAGGAGACUGCUGCUGCGACAAGCUGGAAGGCGCUUCACUGGCUCUGCUCGUGGCGGCUUUCUGCCUCACGCUGGUCUUCCUCUACUUCUGGGCUCAGGCAGAGAACGACUACAACGACUUCGACUGGUUUAACUUUGGGAACUUGGGCUUCUGGUUUCCCUGGUCUGUGGUGCUGCUGGUCGUCGCUGCAGGAUUCUUCUGCUACGUCACGGUGCUCAUGCUGCUGGCGGUGUGUUUGCUGUCGGAGGGACAGAAGCUCCACCUGCACUGGACUCACAAGGUCGGGGUUCUGGUGAGCCUGGCGUUCGCCGCGGCGUCCACGGCCGUCCUGUCCGACCUGUGGGGUAAAGAGUGGACCACGCUGCUGCUGUCCUUCCAGAUGACGGCGCCUUACUUGCACGUGGGAGGAGUCCUGCUGAUGACAUCACUGGCCUGGCCGGUAGCUCUGCACGUGUUCCGCAUGAACAGCAGAGCCAGGCGGGGGCUGGUCAUGGGGGUGUAUCUGACCGUCCUGUUGCUGCUCUACCUCGUGCCCCUGGGAUUGGAUUCGCCGUGCAUCAAAGAGGAAGGGAGUCUGGGCGCCGCGCCGGCCCUCAUCGGCCACAGAGGGGCCCCCAUGCUUGCUCCAGAAAACACCCUGAUGUCUUUUGAGAAGGCCGUGGAAGCUGGAAGUGUCGGCCUGGAGACGGACGUCACCAUCAGCUUUGAUGGCGUUCCCUUCCUGAUGCACGACUACACCCUGCGGCGCACCACCAACGUCCACGAGGUCUUCCCCAACCGGACCGACGCCCCGGCAGCCAUGUUCACGUGGGCCGAGCUGGAGAGCCUGAACGCUGGAGCCUGGUUCCUCUCGCACGAUCCGUUCGGUACAGCUGGUUCUCUGGGUGCAGCGGAGCGGCAGCGGGCGGGAAACCAGUCGGUCUGCAGCCUGCAGCUCUUCCUUGACCUCGCUGCCCAGACACACCAGCUGGUGAUAUUUGACCUCUACCGACCCCCCCGAGGUCACCCGUACAGAAACAGCUGGAUCCAGCGCACGCUGGACGUCAUCCACAACGAGUCGUCCGUUCACUCGUCACAGGUGCUGUGGUUGCCCUCAGAUCUUCGAGCUCUGGUCCAGGAACUGGAUCCUGAGCUCCAGCAGACUUCAGGUAGUCGACUCCCUGUAGAGGAGCUGCAGGACAACCACAUCGUCAAACUCAACCUGCAUUACAGCUCCAUGUCUGCGGCGCUCACCAGCGAGUACGCUGCAGCGAACAUCACCACCAACCUGUAUGUGAUCAGCCAGCCGUGGCUCUACUCGCUGGCCUGGUGCGCAGGAGUCCACUCCAUCACCACCAACGCCCCCCAGCUGCUGGGCACGCUCACUUCCCCUCUGCUCCUCAUGACUCCGGACGAGUACAGCCAGAUGUGGAUUCUUACAGAUGUGGUGUCCUUCGUGCUCAUCUGCAUCAUCUUCUGCUUUCACCGGUGGCGGGAGCGAGGACUGGCGUUCUGCUCCAGCAGCACGGCGAUGCAGGAGAACGGCACCUACAGUAUGUUUAAGACAGAGAUGAUUGACAUCUGGUCCGUCUCCCGUCCCGACUGUCGAACAAAGAUGUCCAGCCCGUGUUUACCGAGCGAGCCGUAGAGCUGCCUCAGGAUGCCCUGCGGCGCCGACCGGGAGCUUCACGGUGCAGAAACAAAGCAAGCACGGAGACUGCAGCGCCGUGGCGUCCUCAGGUGACUCCAGUCGCUGUAGACGCCUCCGGCAUCACAAACAUUGAUUUACAAUGAGCCUAAUAAGAUGUGAAAACUUGGAUUUCAGGUUCCUGCACUUUUGUUUGUUUUUAAGAAAAUGUUUACAAGUGAGUGGUAACGCCCCUUUUGAUGGAUUUUACCCUGCAGAAUCAACCCUCAACCACUUCUCUGUAAAAUGUCUUUUAUUGAUUUGCUACAGAAAGAUUCACAUGAGUGAAACAUUUAAAUCCUAAAAAACAAACGAUAAAACAAUGGAGACAAAGAGGAAUUUUGAACUUGGCGGCACAAACACGACUACAGAGAGGAUAAAAAACACUCGGCUACGUUUAAACCCAGACUCACGUUUCAUGUCUCAACACCCGACCCAAGCUCUGAGAUCAGGGUCCGCACUUGUUAGAAAACUCGACCUAAACGCUGAAGGAAUACUCUGUUUUUAAAAAGCUGUUUGGUACACGGAGAUAAAACCGCUCACAUGAAAUGAAUGCUGAGUUGAAUGCUGGGAAAGGGAGUUUUUCCUCUUAAAGGCAAAGGUGAAUUUUAAGACGGGGCCGAUGAUGUCGUCACAGUCUGAUGUGGGCGUUUCCAGCGGUGCGCUCACUUGCUGUUGCCCCGAGAGCUUCGCUGUCUGGUCAUCGUCGUCAGCAUCUGGCUGAUGUAGGAGGUCAGGAGGUCGUCCAUCUUGUAGCCCUGAAGGAGGUGAAGACAUUUCAUCAGCACUCUGGUGUCCCUCACGACGGCUCAAUGUACCGAGAGACCUCCUGAUUCGCUCCCUUCAGUGCUGUGAAACCCCCCCCCGCUGUGCCGUCAUUUCUGUUUUUCUAGCUUUAACGUAACUAUGACUGCAGUUCUUCCAAAACUGGCAUUUAUUUGUCAUCUUGAAAUGUUCCUGGGGCGAGCUUUACGCUCCCACCACGUUUCACUCGGGCUGAAGUCUGAACGUUGGCUGUUUUACUUUAUUUAGAUGAAGGUUUGUCAUCGUUGCAUCACGAUCAGAGUUUAGUCUGUUGGACUCUAAAACACUGAGUUACUCAGUGACUGGAAAUGUGCUGGAAUCACUACCCUCCCACUGCCGUGCCUGACAGCUGAUGAGGCAUGAAGGCUAAAUAACUAAGUAGCUAGUAGUAGCUAAAUCUACUGAUGUGCAGGUGAAGAAAGACAUUACAUUAUCAGCAUAGAAGAUUUGUUUUCAGCUUUUCACUUGUACACGUGUGAAUGCAGAACAUUUGAUCUGGGGCAAAAUUUGCUUUGUUAAUAUUAUUGUUUAUGUCUUUACCUUUUGGCAUUAUGUUAACACACACCUGAAUGGGUCAGACCACCAAACUGUCAAAAUGUUUGCUUUUGUAAAGAUCUACACUCCUGCAGCAUCGAGCUGCACCUUAUCUUAGAUCCUCUGGAAACUUAAAUUCAUUAAAUUUUUUUGUUUUAGUUUGUUUCUACAGUUGAAUUUAUGGUUUUUACACCAGACAAACAAAACCGUAGUACCCAGUCCUUUAACUCUUUGACAUCACAGUAAAUUCCGGUUUGUGCUGUGGACGCUGGACACUGGUGUCACUCACCAGCGAGGUCUCGCAGAGCAGCUUGCUGCCUCGGACCAGGUUGCCGAUGGUGAUGUGGAAGUACGUGUUGCCGCUGCUCCAGUUGGAUAUCUUGGUGAAGGAGUGUGUGGUGAGGAUGUCCUGCAGGGGGUCACAUUAUCACAGAGUCAGCACUUCUACACACCAGAAACAGGAGCAGACGGAUCAAAGUGAGACACUUCUCACCUUCGUUUUGGGAUCAAUCAGACUGACUCCGUGUUUGUUGAUCGCUAUCAAGAGGGUUUCUGGGUAAUUUGGAUCAGUUGUUUGCUGCAGAAAAACAAGACAGCGUUAGAGUACACAACAAUUCAAUUCAAUUUUAUUUAUAUAGCGUCUAUUAAAACAGAAGUUGUCUGUAGGAUCUUUCCAGAGACCCAGAACAUGACCCCUGAGCAGUUAUUACAUAAACAAUGGCAGGUAAAAACUCCCCUAGUGGCAGAAAAACCUUAAGCCAAACAGUUCAAGUAACCGUGACGGCACAUGUUUCGGGCGUUACCUUCACUUCAAAGAAAGCCGAGCCAAACGUGGGCCACUUGUAGAUGACCUUGAGGAAGGACAGUUUGGCGUCUUCGCACGUCUUUCCUGAGUGUUUGUUGAAAACGGUCAUGAUGGACUGAGGAAGGAAACAGAUUCACACACACACCUGUUCUUCAGCUGUAAUUUGUUGAUUAAAACAUGUUUUUUUUUUGGUUUGUUUCCUCUUUAAAUGUCACUAUUAUAAUUAAAACACAGAUGGGAUGAAAACCUUCAACAUGAAACUGUGAAUUUAAAAGAUUUUGAAUCAAAUUUUGGAAGAAAAAACCUUUUUGUAAUAAAAUUGAGUGUAAA